AUGGCGGAUUACAUCCGUGCUGGCGACUAUGAUUGGGCCUCGGCCAUGGAGAAGCGAUGGCUAUCGGAUGGCGGAGCACAGCCGAGGAGGGCAGAGAUUCUGUUUCGGGAGCCUUCUCUUUGCUCCCAGCUCGCGGGCGCCUGGGCACGAGCGGGACGCCUCCAGGAGGCCGAAAUGUGGCUGUCCUGCACGGAGAUCGAGAAAGUGGAUCGCUGGGCCCUGGUCGCCUUUGUCCGUGCCUGCGUAGAGAGCGGCGAGCUCCAGACCGCAGACAACUGGACCAUGAAGCUUCUGAAGAUCGCGGACCGUGGCAAGCUAGCCGGUGCCGUGGAUUCGGCUUCUGCAAGCCGCCAGAAGGAGGCGGAGGACAACCUCCUGGCCUCGGUCGCCGCCCGGGCGACCUUGGCCAAAGGGGCCGAGAUUGAAGGCGUUCGCCGAUGGCUCCAUCGCAUGCAAAGAGCAGGCAUCCAGCCCAGCUGGCCGGUCUAUGACCGUCUUCUCCAGGGAUAUGCAGAGGCCGACAAGUCAAAGGACUUCGAGGAGCUUUUGAAAGAGAUGCAAGCGGCCCGAGUCAGGCCGAAAGCCGAAGCAUUCAACCACCUGAUCAAAGCGAAGGUGGAUCGUCACAGUAUGGAUGCUGCAGCUGAUUGGAUGCAGCGGAUGGUCGAGUUCAGGUCGACACCGAAUGCAGCGACCUACCGUAUGCUUAUCACCUCGAGCGCCGUGUCGAGUAGCGCCAGCGAAGCAGAAGGCUGGCUCGUGGCGAUGUAUCAGUCUCGCCUGCACGUUCCCGAAAGCUGUGUGGCCGCCGUCGUGGAGAAAUACUCUGAAGAUCGGAGACCCACCGCGGCCGAAGCUACACUCCGGCGUGCAGUGGCUCGAGGAAUCGAGGUGGGCUGGACGACAAGUGCCGCAGUGCUGCGGGCGAAUGUGCGGGCGGGCAGGGCCGAAGCGGCUGAGAAGUGGCUCGAGGAGGUGAAGGCUGUCGGGGUUUAA